UGUGACAAAUCGUCCCUUGAAUCAUGUGAAAAUGGUAAUUCAUGGUAGCCUUUGGGAAACUUCUGGACCCAAAGGCACAUUCCGUGUGUUCGUAACGCUAUGGGGUUUUGAACACAGCCCAGUUUGAUCAUGUCGAUGCUGAUCACGGUACAUUUUACUGCAAUCAAAAAUUUCACUUUCUCACUCGAUUCCCCCUCCCAAACAAAAGUCUUCUGAACUUAUCCUUAUCCCUAUAACGUUGGACCUAGAGUUUAAGGACAAAUUACCGGUACUUUACGGGGAAAGUUUUUACUCACCGCACAACCUAGCGACAACGACCCAAACAUACCCAGCACUUCGUAUGCAUCACAUUACGCAGGCGUCAGGUAGCGACCCAACCAGGCACGGGACAGGCGUGGAUAGAUAGAAAUGUCUUUCGCGAGCCGGCCUGUGUUUGUCAUCAACAAGGUUUCGCCCCUGGAGACGGUAACCGAGGAAGGAUUAAAAAACGCUGACGGUGAGACAUCGGACCGUCAUGUGCUAGAGGUUGAACGGGAUCUACCGGCGGAACGGGCAAAGAGCGAGUUGGACGUGCUUCAAUCUCUCACUACCACCGUGUCCCCCAAGCCAAAACCACGCCGGUCCUCCGUGUCAGAAACCAUCGGCGCCGCCUUCACCCGGGAGAAUCUCUUCCAUGCCGCAGAGAAAGACUUUGUCAAGAAGAUUUACCGCAGCGAAAAGGCGCUAAAAGAGGAGCAACAGAGACAGCAGCACAUCAAGAGCUUCGUUAUCCACCCGUUUAGUAACUUCAGAUGGUACUGGGACCUCUGGAUGAUCCUGCUGAUGGCAAUCACCCUGGUCAUUCUCCCCAUCAACAUCGCCUUCUUCAGUGAGCAAAUAUCCUUGCAGUGGAGCAUCACCAACUGCAUUACCGACAGCUUCUUUAUGGCAGACAUCGUGCUCAACUUCUUCACCGGAAUCAUUCACCACCAGAACGAGGAGGUCAUCUUAGAUCGUAAAGCGAUCGCAAGCAACUACCUGCGCGGAUGGUUCUUGGUUGAUCUUCCGUCGUCCUUCCCUAUGGAUUAUUUCUACCUGCUCUUCAGAGGGGAUUCGGACUUCGACGAAACUGCGCUCAAAUAUCGGGCAAUCAAGCUGGCGAAAAUCUUGAGUGUCUUUCGACUGCUGCGUCUUACCCGUCUGUUGCGCUACAUCCAUCGUCUUGAAGAGAUACUGAAUGUGGAAGGCGAAGUGAUUCGUAUAACAAACCUCGUUCUCGUCGUGCUGGUGAUGAUCCACUGGAAUGGAUGCGUGCAGUUCCUGGUUCCAUUCUUUCAGGGUUUUCCGCGGGACAGUUGGGUCGUUAUCAGUGGGCUCGAGAAUGCUAGCAAGUGGGAGCAGUAUUCCUGGUCUUUCUUCAAGGCCAUCUGUCACAUGCUGAGCAUUGGCUUCGGGCAGCAUCCCCCUCAGAACCUGACAGAGAUGUGGUGUGCCACGCUAAGUAUGAUGCUGGGAGCAACCUUCUAUGCGCUCUUUAUUGGCCACAUGUCCACACUGCUGUUGUCCAUCGACGCGUCCGGCCGCAUUUACAACGAAAAAAUAAGCCAAGUGAAGGAGUACAUGCGCUACCGAAAGAUACCAGCCAGCACGCAGAAGCGCGUCCUAAGGUACUACGAGCAUCGUUACCAGCGAAAAUAUUUCGACGAGGACACCAUAUUGCGAGAGCAGUCGGCACCACUGAGAAAGGAGAUUGUUCAACACCACUUACGAUCGCUCGUCAAGAAAGCGGAAUUCCUCAGCAAAGGCAGUCCCGGCUUCGUCAUCGACAUUAUUGAGAAGCUCCACUUCGAGGUAUAUUUGGCUGGUGACGUCAUCAUAAAGGCCGGCACCCGCGGCAACGCCAUGUACUUCAUAGAGCACGGGACAGUGAAGAUAUGUAUAAACGAACGAGUAGUGGGUACUCUGCAGGACGGCGACCACUUUGGAGAGAUCUCCUUGUUGAUUGAUGAGCGGCGUGUUGCAUCUGUAGUGGCUGCCUCGACCUGUGACCUUUACAGACUCGCCAAGGAAGACUUCCAAGAUGUUCUGGAUGAAAAUCCCGAAAUGCACGCCAUUAUGGCGAAGGUUGCUAAGGAAAGGCUGAGCAAAAUCGGUACCACCAGCAAGAAAGAUGAGGAAAUGGAGACAGUAUUGGACAGAAACUCGAGCCACAAGGUCACCUUUGCUAGCCCGAGGAAAUGACUUCUAUUAUUUCACAACCACAACACCAGGAAGAAAUCCUGCAUGAAAAUCAAAGCUACCCAACACCGGCAUCGUCAGACAGCAUGAUUUGUGUACAAUCUUUCGUGAAAUUAGUUUUGAAAUUUGAUACGGUGCCAUGCAGGGCUUUUUGUGUGAACAAAAUUUUAAACUAUUCCACAGGCCUUUGUUAAUCUAAAAGAUAAUCAUAUAAAUUCCUUGAAAUAAAUAAAAGCGACACUUAAGGUCAGAUAUCAAAAAAUAAAACAUCUUUACGAAUAGCUAUGCACAUUGUAGGCCUACAUUAUCCAAACUCGAUGGUGCAUGGACUAUGAAUAAUUUGCUAAGAGAAUACAUGAACAAUAAACUCACACCAACGUUUAUUUUUUUUUUCUCCAGUCAGCAUUGUGAGGUCAGUUUAAUACACUUAGCGCCCCUUUCAAUUCGCAAUUUCCACUCCGUUAUUAUUGAUGGAGCACGGAAGACCUUGACAAUAAUCAGGAAAGCCAGGCAGGUUAUACUCAAGACGCUCGAUCGAUAAUGGCGCGUUAUAUAUCAAUUUAUGGUGGCGCUUGAAUGGGUGAAAUUUUCUCCCGCUCCGCGGUGCUGCGAAAGGUCGCCCAGAAAUUUUCCGGUUCGCCAUAAUGUGUGCAGGAAAUGUGACACAAUUCCCGUGCAUAAUCACGCAUGACUGUGUUUUUCAUUCACGUUUAGCACCUUGUUGCUUAAGCCUUCGUUGUGUUUUUUUUUUAAAUGAACAGGGUUUGUGCAGCUGAUACAGGAAUCAAUUUCAUGGAGUGAAGAAGCUUUCAUUUUCAUUCAUCAUCGGGAUCACAAAAGUGCACGUUAAUAGCUGAAUGUACUGUAAAUAAAUAGUUCAACGGACAUGGCUUUU